AUGUCCGCCAACCUUGGUCUAAACCUCGGCAUCGGACCUCCACCACAACAUAUCUCAUCCCCUGAGUCGAGAACCUUCUACCCCCAAAACCAGCCCCCAUGCGCUGAUGACCUUCACAAAACCGCCCCUCCACCACUUCAGCUUCACAGCCAUCGUAGACACAUUCAUGAUACGGACAGUAUCCACUCCCAAGCUUUCUCUGUCGGCAAUGCCUCGUCCUGCACCUGUGCUCUUUGCAAAAUUCGCCCCCCUGAGACACAUGGCCCUUCAGACAACCUUUCUCAGCGCACGUAUGGGCGUGGCAGUAGAAACCCCCUUCGCGAGCAUCGUCGCAAUCAAGCACUUCGCAGUAGUGCGCGCCGCAGAAAGGUGAAGGCCGCCCGUUGUCUCGAGUAUGGCAAGGACGUGGACACUGUGGUCGCUGGCAUCGACGAUGGCGUUCACAAAACCGUCGAGGGUCGUCUAUAUCAAUGCCUGGAGCGAACGCCACGCAGUAAGACUCGUCACAAGUGUGCGAUGUGCAAAAUAUUCCGACGUCUCGUGGGUUUCGACAAUUGUCGUGCUCGCAUCGAUGUUCGGCACAAAACAGGACAGCUUGAUCAUUGCGCUGUGAUCUCUGGCUUUGACAUUCUGGGAACCCGCAAAGAUCUGUAA